AUGAAUAAAACUCUUUCAGCGGCGGAUGUUCAGGCAUCGGAUGUAAGACCGCUCCCGGUAUUAGAAGAAACCCUGAGAUACCUUCUAAGUUUGCUGGACUCCACGGAGCAUUCGUUUGAAGCGGUUCAUGAUUUUAUUUUCGACAGGACAAGGUCUAUUAGACAAGAUCUUAGCAUGCAGAAUUUAGCAAAUGAGAGAGUGAUCCACCUUUACGAGGAAAUCAGUCAUUUGUGUGUUUACUCCGUUGAUUUUAUUAUUCUGACUCUCAAGUGGGUUCUCAUACAGGUUAAAUUUCAUGUCAUAGCUCGCCAGAGGCUUCAGAGUUGUAGUACUACAAGUAUUAGCUCAAUGCAUCACUUGAACAUGGAGCAGCUAGCAAAAACUCUUACUACUUUGUAUGAUAUAUAUGAUGCAAAUAGGAAACCAGAUUACAUCUACCAAAAUGAAGCCGAGUUCCGUUCACUCUAUGUGCUGCUCCAUCUCAAUCCCAGUAGUGGAGUGAUGGGGGAACCAAUGGCUUUGUGGUUUCGUAAGUUGACUUCUGUUUUAAUAAAAUCCAAGGAAAUGUGUUUCGUACGAAACCUUUUAAGAUUAUAUCGGAUGGGAAAUUACAAGAAUUUCAUUAGUGCAUUGGCUUCUGAGGCGACAUACUUGCAGUAUUGCACAAGUGAACCCCAUAUUAGAGAGAUGCGAUCAUUGGCUGUGCAAUGCAUAAACAAUGUUUGCUACAAGCUUCAACCCUAUCCUCUCUUGCGGCUAUCUCAGAACCUGAUGAUGAAGGAGGUGGAUGUUGAAUCUUUAUGCCAUGAGUGUGGUCUUGAGACAUGUACUGAUUCCGAUGGGUGCAUUGUGUUGCCGACGAAACAGCCAAACUUGCGUAGACCAGAGGAAGGUUUUAAAGGUUAUGAUUUGAUUGGAUUUGAAAUGAAGAGGCUGUUGUGA